AUGGAAGUGGGUGUAUUCCUGGUGUAUAAUUCACAAACAUGCUUGAUGAUGUCCCUUUGCCCCCUCCCCUGAUUUAAAAAAAAAUGCAAGAAAGCUCCCUUCUACUCUCCUAGACAAGGCUAGAGAGCGAGAGAGGGUGUAUGGGAAAGACAGAGGUAGAGAGAAAGAGCGAAAGAAAGAAAGAGAGACUCUCCAUCAAUUUUCGGUUUAAUGUCAGCGCUUCAGCUCCAUUGUGGGAGAGAGAGGACGCGUCAUCCAGACAUAAAUUUGCUAUUACACAGCCUCAUGGAGCCUCACAUCUACAGGAUCCGGAGCUUGUAGUCGGGAAAACCCCUCGGUGGAUAAAUUCAGCAGAGAGCGAACGUGUAAGGAAACGGAGCGCUAUUUGAGUCCAUACAUUUGAAUGCGCGCUGGUUUGGAUAAAAGCUUCUGAGAGCAGAGGGGUUUUUUUCCUCCCGAGCUGUCAAGUUUUGGGGAGGAAGAAAGACUCUUUUUGUUUUUUUAUUUUCCAACUUAUAUCCAUAAAUACAAUAAUGCGCUAUACGGAGACGGUCGUUUUAUAGGACAUGACGGGGACUCAGUUUCUACCCUGCAAAGCCAAAACUCCGCUCAAUGCGAGGGGAGCCCGAAGUUCAUAAAAGGGAUUAUUUGCAUCUGGGUGCCUGAGACCUUCGGUGCCUCCGGAUUUUACUUUGGAUUUGGGAUUUAUCGGUUCUUCUCACCGGGAUGGAAAGCCGAGAUUUCGCUCCUCCGCACCACCUUCUGACGGAGCGGAGCGCGUUGGUUCACAGCGCCGCGUCUCGGAUGGCGCCAGGCGGCCACGGCUCCGUGCAGCACCCCGCUCACUUCCAGCCGGGGAAAUACUACUCAUCCCACCUCUCCAUGGGUCCGCACUCAGGUGCUUCCUUCAUGGGUUCCUUCCUGGCCAGCAGUACCCCUCACCCUUCGGGACCAGCAGCCUCCCCCUCCUCCCCCUCCUACAGGGCUGGACCCCAUUCGAGGGCUUCCCCUAUCUGGUUCCCCCAUUCACAUGAAGGGUACCCCAGCUAUUCAGGAAGUCUUGCUUCUCCUUUUCUCCCCAUGAGUCCCCUUGAUCACCAUAGCAAUGGUCUUUAUGGACAGCACCGCUUCUAUGAAACUCAAAAAGAUCACUUUUACCUGAGAGGCCUUCCUCCACAGCCCCCUCUGCUCUCUGCCACUCACAGCCUUCCUCCACUGUCCAGAACUGCCCCGGGCCACCCACUUGGCUCUUGCAGCCGAGAGGCGGACAAUGGGGGAGGAGGCGGGAAGAGCACCAAGGAACAGGUUGAGAAAGGGGUUUCAUCCCUGUCAAAAAUGAGGGAGCGAUCAAGCAGCAAGGAACGGCACCAGGAAAGCAAAGACAAACAAAAUCAGCUUCACCAUCACCAGAUGAACCCUGCCACCACUCCACCUGGCCACCACCACCAAACUUACCCCCACCCUCACCAUUCCCUUCUUUCUCACCUCACACCACAGGGCAGGGAGGAAGAUCACAGAAACUCUUUAGAACGACAUAAGGAGUACAGGGACAGUGACUCAGGCAGUCAGGAGACAAAACAUAUGAGUGCCUGUAAGCUGUCCGGUGGUUCAGUAGCAGAGGCUGGCUCUGGAGCAAAGGGGGGAGCACUGAGCAGCUGUAGUGGUGGUGGGGUGUGUAGACCUCCAUCUGGAGGUGGCAGGCGGUGCUCCAAGGAUGGACCCAUAAAUGGGGAGAUGAGGUUCAGCGAAUCCUCAUCCUCUUCCAAUGAAUGUAUCAGAAGAGGUGCAGCUACAGCAACAGCCAUUUUGGCACCUCCAACCCCCCACUCUGUAGCCUCCUACUCCAUGCCUCCUCCACCACCUCCUCCUCAUGCCUUGCACAUGGGUUCCACAGUGGCAGGAGGGUGGCUACACCCUGCACAUCACCAUCCUCAUCCUGAGUUUUAUUGUCCCCCAGCCCCUCUUACACUAACACCCUCCAAAGAUCCGGCAUCUACUCCUGGAGGGUCUGGCAAGGAGGCAAAAGUCACUGGCCCAACUUAUGUGCCCUCAGUUGUGCCACUGGGAGACCUGGGAGCCAGUGACUGCCGUGGAGCAGGAGGAGGUGGGAGAAAGGGAGAAGACAAGAGUGGAGAGGGAUCAUAUGAAAGUCCAUCUCAUCACCUCAGUCGACUUAGUAGUUGCCAGAAGAAGGACAAAUCUCAGCCACACCAGCAGCAGCAGCUGGGAUAUGGCAAGGCUGACAAACCUCCUGACUGGAGCCACCAGACACAACACUUUCAUAAACUCAGCUCCAACGUGAGCUCUCAGCCUGAGCUGCGGUCCUGCAGCAUGGAAACAUCUUCAUCCUACAGAGAAGAAGUUCUGGACGAUGUUUACCGUCCCUCGUUCCCACUAGAAGCCCAGGGGACACACCCUGGUUCUGGACAGGGCACACCCAAGAAUGGUUCAGAGAUAAGCACUCCUCCCUUCAGGGACUGUUCCCACUCAGGGUCUCAUCCCGAUGGGAAGGUGGGGUCAGGGGCUCACAGGGAGGGUCAAAAGAUCGCAAGGAUAAGACACCAGCAGCACAACAGUCACGGAGCAAGUACAGAAGAGAGGGGAAGAGAUGGAGGUCAGACAGUACCUUCAUGGGGGGCUCGAGGGGGUUACCAAGAGGACCAGCAAAAAAGCUCCCAUCAUGCAUCAGCUGGCAAUGGUGAAAUUAAAGGGCUAAGCAACAGGGUUCCAAGCAGUGACCACAACCAACCCCAUUCUCAGCUGCCUCCACCUCUAUCCCGCUCGUCAUCACACUCCACUGAGGGUGAGGGCAGUGCCAUGAAGAACUUAUUGAACUACAGCUCCCAGCAACCUCUGCUGCUGCCACAGCGGGGCCCUUUUGGAGGUUUGGGCUGCCUCAAGCAGGGUGCAGAGAGAUCAGAGAAGGGGGACAGAGGAGGAGCUAAAAGCAGCACCUCUCUGCAAGAUCCUCCCAAACAAUCGCUCCCUCCUCGCAGAGGCUCCACUAACGACGGAGAAAGAGGUGACAGAGGUGGGAAGGAGGCAGGGGAGGCAGGCGAGGGUGAGGUGCGACAGCCUCCUGUGGGUAUUGCGGUUGCAGUGGCCAGGCCCCCCCAUCGUUCCCCAGACAACACCCCUGGACACAGCAGACAGGGUAGAGUGCUGCCCAGCAUGAAAGGGGUGUCUCGCCCUGUGUAUCCUCUUGGUCGUGAAGCUGAGGAAAGGAAGAGGAUGACAGAGGAACAGAUCAGUCUACACCACCUGGACAGAGACAGAGAAAUGAUCAUCAGGGAAAACAAGGAUCGUGUGGAGUUCGCCAGGAUCCACCCUUCUAGUAGUUGCCAUGGUGACCUGACCUCUCACCUCCUGGUUCCUGGAGGGGCCAGUCAGUUAGGGGCAGAUCCUGCUGCACAUGCUCACCCAGCUCACCACCACUGGAUGCAAAGGACAGGAAGUCCCUCCCUCUGGAUGGGGCAUUCAUACAGUCUGAGUCAUGUGGGAAUGAGCCCCGGCUUCCCACCAGGUCUGCCUGGCCCUCUGCAGCCCGUCUUGGGUUCACUCACUCAAGACCCUAGCUCCCCACUGGUGGUUCUUCCAACAGAACCCGGACCUCAUCAUCAUCUCGAAGUUCUGGAGCAGUCAGGUCUGUGGCCCCCUGUGUAUGGAGGCAGAGGCCCUCCUUCUCACCUGCAGCAUCACUCCGUCUACUCCCGCUCCUCAUUCUUACGGCAACAGGAUCUGUACGCCCUGCAGCAUCAGCAGCAGCAGCGAGCCAUGGAGCACAUGCAGCGCCACUCCUUGGGACAGAGAAAACUCGAGGAGCAUGCUAUCACCAUAGAGGACUCUCCCCGUGAAUCUUCUACAUCAAGGGCUCCCUCUUCUUCAUCUUCCUCUUCGUCAUCCACCACCACCUCUCAUGUGGCCAAACCCUUCUCUCACACCCCUCCUCCACCCAAGACACCCACACCCUCUCCAGGGAUGUGUCCUAGCAGCCGACAGUCACCCUGCUACCACUCUCCGUCCAGGAGGCCGCACCCGCCGAAUCCUCUGACUCCUGCUCCAAGCCCAGCUGCAGCAGCGCCCCGCUCUCCAGCCCUCAGCCCUGCUCCUUCACACCUCUCCAAGGGGCUGGAGAGGGGCGGUGACAGAGGAGAGGGACAACCACCUCAGGAUUACCCACAAUCCCUCGAACCAGACCUACCACCUGUUUACACCUACCCUCCCAUCACCAUGGGUUACAAGGCCGGACCCUCCCCUCCUGAAGCUCGAUUGGCUGAGCAAGCCACAGUGGAGGAGGAGCCAGCACAGCCCGACGCCAAGUCCCUCCCGCAUCCAUGCCACAUCCAGCCUCUCACCGAAGAAGAGGAGAGGAGGGAGGAAGAGGAUGAGACAGACUGUAAAGUGGUGGCACCCGAGAAUGGAGUUGCAGAGGAAGAGAAGGAAGAAAGGAGGCUAGAAGUGAACGGAUGCUCUGUCUCUGAGCUUGAGAGUAAGAUUUCUGGAUUGCCGCCAUGUCCAUCCCCAGCCCUGGUCCCAGAUUCAGCCUGCCCGGCCACAGCCAUGGGCAAAGCCCUAAAAACAGAGCUCCCUCUUGGUUGCUCAGGCCAGAAGGCUGGCCUGGAGGAGCCCCAACUAUCCAAAGAGCUAGAGUGUGAUAGGGACCAUGGAAAAGAGGACAUGGGGGAGGAUGCGGGAGAGAAAAUGAGGCCUGAACCAGCAGAAUGUACUGCCUCUGUGCCUGUGGAGCCUAGAGAGGAGGAGAAGGAGGCGGUGGAAGCGGAUGAGGACAAAGAUGGAGAAAAUGUGGAAGUAGUUGAGGAUGAUGAGGAUGAGGAGGGGAGUGGGAUGAGUCCAGGUCAUAACUUGGUGGAACUAACAUGUAACUCACCUGCUCCUUCUCCAUCCUUGGACCCCACCCUCUCUCCGACGGCGAGCACAACAGCUCAACUCCAAGGGGCCUACAUGUGGAGCCUGGAGCUCCUGAUUGCUGCGGCUCUGUGUGCCACCAGAGAUGCCUUGUACCCACCAGUACCUGCUGUUCGGGCUGCAACUCCUCCUCCCCACCAUGGUAUGGAAAUGCUGGGAGAACUUGCCGAGCUGGAGAUCCAGCACAGGAGCAGGGAGUGUAAAGAGAACAACACUGAAGGUGAAGACAUGCUGACAUUUGACCUCCACAGUCUGGCGACGCUGGCGGCUGCCCGCGCCCUAGAGAUGGGGGGAGGGGUUGUUGGUUCAGGGGUGGGCCAGCAGUGUCCAAUCAGGAGGAGACUCAACCUGCGCAGGAAGUGCAGCUGGACGCCUCGACAUGAGCCGGUGUGCCCAGUGAAGGGCUCUAUGGAGACGAUGGGAGGGGAGGAGCUGGCCAUGCGUGUCCAGCUGGCUGAGCUACAGCGCCGCUACAAAGAGAAACAGAGGGAACUGGCCAAGCUACAGAGGAAACACGACCACCAGAAAGAGGAGACGUCCCGUAGCCCUGCUCGUCGGGGGCCUGGCCGCCCACGCAAGCGCAAGUCCACCCCCGGCCCAGCUGCUGCAGAGAGCUCCAAAAGACUCAGGGCUGGGCUGAAUUUACUGGAGGAGAAAGCCAGGAAGAAAAUGUCCAAUCACGGCUUCAACAGCCUCAGCACUGCACAGAUGAAAGCUCGCUGUAAGCACAGAGGUCGCCCCAGCGCCCUGAGCUCCAGACUGGCCAGGCGGGUGUCCCAUCUGAAGCAGAAGGCUGCAGCCCAGCAUGGUGCACCUUCAGCAGGCUUGCUGCACUGCAGAGGGACCCCUGGUGAGGAAGACACAUCCAAGAGUCACUGCAGACAAGGAAGAAAAGACCUGCAGCAGGAUUGGGCCGCUGUUCAGACUGCAAAGGGGAAGAGGGGGCGAAAGCCCAAAGUGCUGAUGGGUGUCAACCCAAACAGACCUCACCACAAGGACAGCCGGGUAUCUGAGAAGCAGAAUGUUAAGGGAGAGAGGAGCGACAGUGAGAGCUCAGAGCAUGAGGAGGAGGAGGACGGCAGCUGUGACAGUGACGAGGGGACCGGUGACAUCAAGAUUAACUCAUCCUCUAAAGAAGCUCCUGCAAACCCUGCUGGGAUUGUUUCUUUUUCAUCACAGUCCUCCAAGCUCCAAGCAAACCAGAAAGCCAAGAGUAAGAGACCAGGGCCUCCUGCCUCAGGCAUGGGGAACAUAUCCAGUACAGAUCAGAGGAGAGCAACCAGAAGGCCAAGCCUCUCCCAUGCAGACAAGGGACAUCUAGACUACCAGGGGACUAAAAAAUGCUAUUUGCCCAGAUGGGGAUUGUCGUCAGUGAGUUGCAGCUUUGGGGACGGCCUGGGAAACCGUGGAGCUGUGACAGACACCAACAGGUCUAGCAGAGAAGCUGUGAAGAGGACCUCAGUGGGACGGGGGAUUCUGGGAAAGGCCAAGGGCCAUGCAGUGAGCCGGCUCCUGCAGAGUUUUGCAGAUGACGACGGCUUCCGGUUAGAUGAGGAAAGCAGCUUCUCAGAGGGUGAGGAGGAGGAAGACGAAGAGGAGGAGGCAAAGGAGAAAAUGCUGAUCCACCUCCCUCCCAACAUGCCUUGCAGAAUACCUGCUCUGCCAAACUGUGUGUUGAGUAAAGAGAUGUUGGUGGACGGGCUCAAGAUCCUGAUCUCCAAGGAAGAUGAGCUGCUGUAUGCUGCCUGUGUCCAAACUCUGGACCUACCUGACAUAUUCAGUGUUGUAAUUGAAGGGGAACGAGGAAAUCGCCCCCGGAUCUAUUCUUUGGAACAACUACUACAGGAAGCUGUGUUAGAUGUGCGGCCACAGACUGAGGCCAUCUUGACUGCAGGGACACGAGUGUGUGCCUAUUGGAGCGAGCGCUCUCGCUGUCUUUACCCUGGAUAUGUCCAACGAGGUGGUCCAGGAGAGGAGGAGAAGGAGGGUAGUGUGAUGGUGGAGUUUGAUGAUGGAGACAGAGGAAGGAUCUCCCUCGCAAAUAUCAGACUUCUACCCCCAGGAUAUCAAAUCCACUGUGCGGAACCUUCUCCAGCACUUCUAAUCUCACCUGGUCGCCGCGGCAGACGAAGCUCCACCCAGGAAAAGAAAGAUACACCCACAGAGAAACCAGCCAGUGAGGACCCAACAGGCAGGCCGCAAGAGAAGAGACCAGUUGGCAGACCGAAGAAAGUCCACUCAGUGCCUAAGACUGCCAGCAUACUGACAUCAGCGACAGACUCUGUAACCAAAAGCAAUGCUUCCAUGUUGAGCUGGUCUGUGCCCAGGAAGAGACCGCCAGUUGACUUCUUCCUCUUCAAUGGGACAUCUCGUAAGACCCAGAGGAGGAUAAGAGAGCGAGACUUGGGCUUCUUUCACCGGCCUGCCUCCCACCCUCUAGUACCCCCAGUGCCUAUUAAAGGCAUCUUUGGCUCUCCUUUUGAAGGUGACUCAUUCAGUAGCAUAGCCAACGGCUACUCUACCUUUGGAAGCUCUGCUGUUGGGCGACCUGUUACCACGGUGGCUUCCAUGGGGCUUCGGGACUCCUUGUCCUCUGCUUGCUCCUCAGCUGUCACCACAGCAAUGGCAGGUGGAAGCAGGAAGCCAGUGAGCGACCGCGACAGGAAGCAGUUCCUAGUGAAGCUUGACCAUGAAGGAGUGACCUCUCCUAAAACGAAGAACAGCAAGGCCCUGCUUCGACUCGGGGGAAGUGGAGGCAGAGGCGGAAAAACUCUCACCUCCGCAGGAGCACCACUACGAUACAUCCAUCCUGCCCUGCUGGUGAAGGAUGGCAAGAAAGCAGGAGGGGAAAGAGAAAGUACUGGACCCCGUUCAGAGGCUAUUCUUAAGGGCACUCCACCUCUGAGAAAGGAUCUUUUAUCAGCAGGUCUCGGAGUUCAAGGUGGAGAAUAUAGUCUGGACUACCCAAGUGACUGCCCCAGCUCUUACUCUGAGCUAGACGAGGAUGAUGAGGAUGAUGGUCAAGAUACUGAAGCACGUCGAAGAAGUUCAGCAGUCACAUCCCACCGUGGUGGUCGUUUUCUCUCUCGUCUGUCUGUAUGUUUCUCCUCUUCUUCCUCCUCUUCUUCCUCCUCUGGCUCCAUCUCCUCCUCAUCCCUCUGUUCUUCAGACAACGAUUCCUCUUACUCCUCUGAUGAAGAGUCCUCUUCUGUGCUGUUGCGCCGUGCACUGCUCCAGCAGGACAAACACAAGCACAGGCAGAACAUGACUUCCAACCUCAUGAGCCCUGACCCUACCACGUCCACCUCCUCUCCCUCUGCCUCAACCCCUACUCAUGGCUUUGUGGCUAAAGCCAACAUGGCCAUCUCGGGGUCAAAGGCGAGGGCUGACAGAGCAGAGGACAGGAAAGAGUUCAUGUCUAAAGGUAUGACAGCUAACAGUAGCACAGCUAAGACCCAGCUGAAGAGGAAAGAAGGAAUUCCCAACAGCCACCAUCAGAGCCAAAGCAGUUCUGUGAGCCAGCAACCAAAACCUGCUUCCAAGGACCCAGCAACAGCUAAGAGACAGAGGAUGUCCUCACCUGAGCCCCUGCCUAGCAUGGCUCCCCUUCUGCCUGGACGCCAGCUCUGGAAAUGGUCAGGCAACCCCACCCAGAGGAGAGGUCUGAAGGGUAAAGCCCGCAAGCUUUUCUACAAGGCCAUUGUGCGGGGCAAGGAGACUGUGCGUGUUGGCGACUGUGCUGUGUUCCUGUCACCUGGCCGGCCUCAGCUGCCCUACGUGGGCAGAGUGGAGAGCCUCUGGGAGUCGUGGAGCUCCAGCAUGGUGGUCAGGGUCAAGUGGUUCUACCACCCAGAGGAGACUCGCCUGGGGAAGCGACAUCGUGAUGGCAAGAAUGCUUUGUAUCAGUCGAGCCACGAGGAUGAGAAUGAUGUGCAGACCAUCUCCCAUCGCUGUCAGGUGGUCAGCAAGGCUGAGUAUGAUCACCUGAUGCGUGAACGUAAGCCCAGCCACACCGUGAACGACCUGUUUUACUUGGCUGGUACCUAUGAGCCGACCACGGGACAGCUAAUCAGCGUGGACGGCAUGGCCAUUGUGUCCUAGCACCACCAGCUAGAGAGAAAUCCAAAAAUUGACCAGAAGUCUGGAGUUGACUGCUUCCUGGAUGGUCCUUCAGAAAAAGCAGGGGACAGAGGGCAACCAAGUCAAAGAGUUUCAGCUCUGCGUAUUGAUCUGUCUCUUGUAAGAGAAGGAGCUAACCCACUGGAUGAAGCCUGACACUACUGGCACUUAGAGGAGUCUGCUUUGUUCUAGGGGAAAGUCUGAUGAUCCAUAUCAGAUUUAACCUCUUAAUCAGAUGUGGACUUAGGCUCCUUGUUGCAGCAAGUGUCUACAGCCUUCCCUGUGGCUGAUUUAACAGAGUAUUCCAUCUCUGAUUACAGCAACAAAAGAAGAGGAAUCAAGGACAUGAGCACUUUGGAGUACAGUAGCUUGGAAAUGCUAUGGAGGAAUGGUGGCAGACUUGGCUUUUUGAAACAAUGACUCAGAAAGCAGGAGAGACUGCAUGGGAUGGAGAAACUUACUGUAAACCACACUGGUUUGGAAGGUUUUAAUGGUCUUAUAGUGGUAGUUUGACAAUGACAACAUGAUUGGGAGAUCCCCAACAGGACCAAAAAACACUGUAGUUCAGACUUGUGUGUGUAAAUGUGUGUAUCUGUGUGAGUGUGUUUGCAGAGUGGCUGCGAUGACCCUGUUUGGCAUUUAAUGAGCUCUAAGUAAAUAGUGCUUUAUCGUGUGAGUGUGUUUGUACUGUAUGUGUUGUUAUGCACGUGUACACCUGUGCUCAUCAAGCAGAGAUGGCAUCACGACACGCCAUUGGUAUGUCUCUAACCCUCUGAACGUUAAUCUGUCCAGUUCUUAACGUGCAGAAACACGAAAUGAUUUCUUCUCCUGUCAAGCCAUACACGUCAAUACCUCUCUCUCUCGUAUCCUCCUAUUCAGGUGCGAAGACACAUGUAAAGGUUGUUGGAUUGUUUAUUUGAAUGGUGCGUGCCUGUUUGUGUGCAUGGGCGAGUGUGUGUGCUUUGUACAGCAUUAUGCAUAGUAUAACAUGUUGUAAAUAGUAUACAUAUAUAUUUGUUCUUGUUUUUUGCUGUUUUCUUUUGCAGAGAAGAUUAUUUUAUUUAGAUUUUUUUAGGGAGUGUGUGGGUGGGUUUGGGAGGCUCUUUCAAAUGGAGGAGGCUGGGUUAGUUGCCUUCUCCCUCAAUGCACUGAACAGGAUUGGAUUUGGGGUCAAACUGUACAACUGAUGCGAAGACUUUGUGGUUGUAAGCCCUGCUUUAGGCAAAGGGUGAAUACGUUGGGAAAAGUUGUUUUUAUAAGGAAAUCAGAAAAAAGGCUCUUUUUAAAUAUGUGUCCAGAUUUUUUGUCUUUACUUCACUCCGUUGGGUUUAGAAUGUGCAUUUCCUGUUGGGAGCUUUCUUUUUUUUUUUUUUUUUUAACAAAUACUGGAAAAGAAACUGAGUUUCUGCUGUUCUCUGAUCCUAAAAGAAUCUAGUUCUUCUUUAUCUAUUUUAGCCUGUAUUCCUAUAUAAAAUGUAGAUAUUUAUCUGGCAUUAAGAAGAAACAUACCAAAGCACCUGUGAGUUUACGCUUCACCGCAUUAGAAGAAAACAAUUUUAUGAAAAAAGACAAAAAACGCUCAAUCAAAUCUGAAACCGGGACCCCUGCAAUCACUGAGGUAUUUUGAGUAGAGUUCCUCUCGUUGUCUGCUCGUGUUUAUCCAGUGUUGCUAUGACAGCCUCUGAGAAACGUUGCAGCAACAUUGUCUGCACACUACCCAGCUGAUGCACUUGAGGUCUCUAUGGCAACCAGGAUAGUAUCACGUGACUGUGAAGGACAAUCAGAGCCAAUCAAUGGGACAAUGUUGAGAGACAAAAAAACAAGAUACGGAUCAAAUCACAAAUUAUGCUUCUUGUCACUUUUAUUCCUGCUUUGCCAAAAAUGUCUCUGUGUUUUGUGUUUGCUUGUUUUUACCAUUGUCUUACUGUUUAUGCAAGCCUGUGAUGACUGUUUGUUGUCAGUGUAUAGGAUGUACAGGGGGGAAGAAAAUGAAUGCCUUUUUCUUUUUUAGGACAUUGACUGACUUUUAACAACAUUGUUGCUGUUACACUGCAAAGCAAAAGCUUUAAAAGGAAUCUAAUGUGAAACUCGAUUUUAAAAUAUUACUUUUAUGGGUCUAUAAUUGAAUUUUUUAAAGCUGUAUUUUCUUUAAGAAACACUGGAUUCAGUUCUAACCAUCACGUUUUAACAGAAGCGACAUCAUUGUGUUUUUUAGACCCACUGGAACCUGCUUUGUACGGUUGAGAAUGCCUACUAAAAUAUAUUAUAUAGGUUCAGUCAUUCUUUGGAAAUAUGACUUAAAUAUUUCCUCAUGUACAAAAGGAAAAAUUAUUUAUCUUAAUUUUAUUGCCUUUUGUGUUUCAUUAAAAAAAAAGAUUCUUAUAAAAAAACUAUCUUAAUUGUUUUUUGUUUCCUCCUGUUCUGCUGGGUGUGAGUCCUCUGAAUACUGCCUUGUGUUCAUCAAUGCCGAUCAUUUGUCUGCUCCGGGAAAAUGGACCACAGAAGAAAGCGUGGAAGAAUGAGAAGGGGAGGGAAAAAAGCAGAGGAGGAAGCAAUUUGAAACUGUAGCUGUAGCCAAUAGAGAGGGAAAGAAUGGGGAGAGAAAGGGAAACUGUAUCUAGCAGUGUUUCAUGGGGGAUGACGGGCAGGAUAGAGUCUCUUCUGACUGUACAGGUGGGUCAGGUAUUCAGAAUAAUAAAAACGGAACAGGACCAUUAAGAGAACAAAGCAAGGGUAUCAGCUUCCAGCCUGCAAAGAUUUCAAAUCCUGACUGUGUGAGUGUGUGUGUACAUACAUGUGUGAAUAGCUGCAGAAUUGCAGAUGCACAUGUGCUCAUCAGACAUAGCGUGCAAGUCCUGUUUAUACACCAGUAUAAAUCCACAGUCUGCAUGCACUUCUGUACUUCAGUGGGUUUUCUGAUGCCUCCGUAUGUGCGUGCAGAAUGUGAGAGGUGGGAAGAACAGUGGAGAUUAUCCCCUGUAGGGUGUGGAGUUUCUGGGACAAAGUGUGCAAAAUUUACGGUGUUUUAUUUGAGACUUCCUGUGAAAUAUUCACACCUUUUUAUCGCACUGUAAGCGGAGCCUUUGUGACGCGGCUUAUUGCAACAUUAAAGUCUGGAUGGAGGAUUUACCUUUGACCUCAAAUUACAGUCUGGUUGCCUCGUGGCAGCCUGAGAAGAAGGUCUGAGCGGCGCUGACUUGAAUGUCGGCCGUAAACUUUAUUUUACUCUGAGUUGUGUUUUUAAUGUCAGACCCGCCUUGAAGGUUUUCCUUUUUCUUCCAGACCAUCAUAUCUUCCCUGCUUUACUUGUCAAUACAGGAAAAGGUGACUCACCUUUUUUAUGAAUAACUUUACUA